CCCGACCCUGUUGUCUAGGACUCGCUAGAUCUCACAACUUAGCCCUCGCGGCCACUCUGCCUCUGGCCCAGCUCCGCGGUGCGCGCCCCGGGUGGUCCAAAGCCGGGCGAGUUCUCCAGGCAGGCGUCCCGCGCGCUCCGCUCAGCCAUGUCGUCCUGCAGCCGCGUGGCGCUGGUGACCGGGGCCAACAAGGGCAUCGGCUUGGCCAUCGCGCGCGACCUGUGCCGCCAGUUCUCGGGGGACGUGGUGCUCACGGCGCGGGACGCAGCGCGGGGCCAGGCGGCUGUGCAGCAGCUGCAGGCCGAGGGCCUGAGCCCGCGCUUCCACCAGCUGGACAUUGACAACCCGCAGAGCGUCCGCGCCCUGCGCGACUUCCUGCGCAGAGAGUACGGGGGGCUCAACGUGCUGGUCAACAACGCGGGCAUCGCCUUCAAGGUUGAUGAUCCAACACCCUUUGACAUUCAAGCUGAGAUGACACUGAAGACAAAUUUUUUUGCCACCAGAAAUGUCUGCACUGAAUUACUGCCAAUAAUGAAACCUCACGGGAGAGUGGUGAAUAUCAGUAGUUUACAGGGUAUAAAAGCUCUUGAAAAUUGCAGCGAAGAUCUGCAGGAAAAGUUCCGAUGUGAAACACUCACAGAAGAGGACCUAGUGGACCUCAUGAAAAAGUUUGUGGAGGACACAAAAAAUGAGGUGCAUGAGAGGGAAGGUUGGCCCGACUCAGCUUAUGGGGUGUCCAAGUUGGGGGUCACAGUCUUAUCAAGAAUCUUGGCCAGGCGGCUGGAUGAGAAGAGAAAAGCCGACAGGAUUCUGCUGAAUGCAUGCUGCCCCGGAUGGGUGAAGACGGACAUGGCUGGAGACUACGGCUCUAGGACUGUGGAAGAAGGGGCUGAGACCCCUGUCUACUUGGCCCUCCUGCCGCCAGACGCAACUGAGCCUCAAGGCCAGCUGGUCCGUGACAAAGUUGUGCAAAACUGGUAAACGUCUGCUUUGGAGCUUAAGGCUUAAUAAAUGUUGGUGCAACAAAUGAAUGAA